AUGAACGUUGAAGAUGGCAGAGCCGAUGUGAAACAAGAAAUGGUUAACGAUGCUCAUCGCAAUGACAUGGUUAGUGAUGUUGAACGUGCUAUUCUGGAACAGAAAUUUGAUUCGGUCGAAGACGGAAAAGCUUUUUACAAUGCGGAAGGUCAGAGAUUACCAAAAUACUUGGAUCGUGUUGCUGAGAAGAGUAGAGCUCCCAAGGCACUAACAAUAGUAGGUUGCAAAGUCCAAUUUCGCAUACGGUACAAUGCAGAUGCUGGUGAAGGGGGAAAGUAUGUUGUGACUCACUUCGUCGCAGAACACAACCAUGAAUUGGCAGAACAACACUGUGUGAUGUAUCUGAGGUCACAUCGCGGUUUAAACAGCGCUGACAAAGGUCAAGCAAUGGCUAUGCACAACGUCGGUGUGAAGACUAGCCAAAUCAUGGACUAUAUGGUAAAUCAAUCCGGGUCUUAUGAGAAUGUUGGAUCAUCCGUACGGAUCUGCACAACCAUAAUCAAGCCGAACGUAGAGCAGAAGUUGAGGAUGGUGAUGUGCAGGACAGAUUCGAAAUCGCGGGCUGACUACGUAAAGUUUGGUGAUAUGUUGAUAUUUGACUCAACUUACAGAACCAAUGCGUACAAGAAACCUUUUGUCAUGUUGGCUGGUGUGACUAACCACUUUAGGACCACAAUAUUUGCAUGUGUUUUGCUAGCUAACGAGACAUUUGAUACAUACACAUGGGUUUUGGAAAUAUUUAUGGAAGCGAUGGGCAAUAAAGCACCUAUGUCCGUACUGACAGAUGGGGAUAGGGGCGAUUGCAUGGACAUGGAAACAAAUGAGGCAAAGUUUGAGGAUGGCUGGGCGAGAAUGGGAGAAAAAUUUGGGCUUCAAACCAAUAGCUGGGUGUUAGAGACAUAUGAGAAGCGUCAUAUGUGGGCUGAGGCAUAUAUGCGUGGACAUUUCUUUGCUGGGAUGAAGAGCACUCAACGCUCGGAGAGUAUGAAUGCUUAUUUCAAGCCCUUCCUCCAACACAAAUUGAAGCUAUAUGAAUUUGUUAGGCACUAUGAUCAGGCUCUUGCAAGGAUAAGUAUUACGAGGCUGGAGAUGAUACAGAAACAAAUAACACUUUUCCGAUAUUGA